GUACUCAAUUCCACCAGUUAGAGCUGCCCUCACCGUCACGAGGGGCUGCUUCAUGAUGAUGUUUCCGUGGGUAGAAGCUUUGGAAGCGUCUCAUUGAGGAUGGAUAAAAAGAGGAGCGGCGGGGUUUCGUGGGUGAAGCCGGCAGAACCCACCUUCCUGAAGAAGUUCAAAACGGACGUUGGAUACAAGGAGGGGCCGAACGUGGACACCAAGCGCCAGGUGAUUCCCACACCUGAGGAUGACAGCGGCAGUGAUCGAGAGGAUGAACAACCACAAGUUGUUGUUCUGACAGACGGAGACCUGUCUGCAGAGAUGAUCAAGGAUAUAAAAGCUGGAGGUGCAGCAGAAAAAGAUGAAAAAUCAGACGGUAAAAUCCUCUUCAAGAAACCAGCCAAGCGCUCUUCUGCAGAGAAAUUCCAGGGUAUCUCUGCCAGCUCCAGCAAGAAGAAGAAGAAGAAGGAGGAUGAGGAGGAGGAGGGAGGAGAAAGGGAAGGGGUUGAAAAGAAAGCAGGAAAGAAAAUAAAAAAUAUCAGCCUUCUUUCAUUUGGAGGGGAUGAUGAAGACGAGGAAGACUAAAUGUUAAACAGACUGUUGGGUUCUGGUCCUCCACUUCCUGGCUGUUGGUUUCCAGUCACCGCAUACCUGAAUACCAGAAUCCGAAGAACCAAACCAGAGGCUGCAUGAUGGACCAAUCAGGACUCGUCCAACCCUCUGCCCUGUCCCCAAGGCAAGAAAACUGAAACCUUUUUAAAGUUAGCAUCAACGCUGCCGUUUUGUGAAAAUGUUCAGAGUUUUACUGUUUUUUCCCCGUUUAGCAUUAAACAUUUGAAUGAUCGGA